AUGGAUCAUGGCUGUGAGAUCACGAAAUCUUUAGCAUGGGAUGCUCGUGAAUAUGCGGUUAAUGCUGUUAGAGGUAUACCAGAGAGAAGUUAUGGAAAAAUACCGAAAUACUUGCACAUGCUCAGAGAGGCUAAUCCGGGAACACAUUCAUCGUAUGAGAUUGACAGCAAAGGGAGAUUUCGGUACCUGUUUAUUGCAUUUGGGCAAUCGCUACGAGGAUUUAACAGAGUCAUAAGGAGGGUUAUUGUGGUUGAUGGCACUUUUCUGAAGAACAAAUACAAAGGAGUUCUAUUGGUUGCAACUGCUGUAGACGGAAAUUCUAAUUUGUAUCCUCUUGCAUUCGGAGUAGUCGACUCAGAGAAUGAAAAUUCUUGGGAAUGGUUUAUGAGACAACUAAAUAGUGUCAUUGCUGAUGAUCAUCAUUUGGCUUUCAUUUCGGAUAGACAUGCGGCCAUUGCUAAGGCGCUUGAGACUGUGUAUCCAACAGCUAAACAUGGUAUUUGCAUUCAUCAUUUGUUGAAUAAUGUGGUAACAUAUUACCAUGGGAAAGGACUUGUUGGGUUGGUUGCAAAGGCGUCCAAGGUUUAUAGAGUUGCUGAGUUUGAAAAGAUAUUUGCUAAUGUGUGUAAUAUCAGUCCGGCAAUUGGAAAAUACCUAAGGGAUGCUGAAGUCCAAAAGUGGGCAAGAUGUCAAUUCUCUGGAUAUAGAUAUGACAUAAGGACAACAAACCCUGCCGAAUCCAUCAACUCUGCUUUGCGUUCGCCGAGAGAGUAUCCAAUCAUUCCCUUGUUGGACAGUAUCAGAGAAAUGCUGACUCGGUGGUUUUAUAACCGUAAGAAAAAGAUUUCAAAGCAUAAUCAUCCUCUUACCGAAGAUGUGGAGAAAAAGAUUGAAAGGAGAACCGAGAAAGGCAAAAGAUUUGCAGUUUACCCUGUCAGCGAUGGUCGCUUGCUUGUUAGAGGUGAUAAAAUCGACUGCUUAGUUGAUUUGGAUAGACGUACUUGCUCAUGUGGGAAGUACAACCUGAUGAAGAUACCUUGUCGGCACGCAAUUAAAGCUGGGUUUCAUGUUGGCAGACAGCCACACACAUUAACUGAUUUAUUUUACACUACAGAAGCUUGGCGAGAAGCUUAUCAUGAAAGCAUCAAUCCUAUUGCUGUUCCUGAGGAUGCUUGGUCCAUGCCAGAAGAUGUUGUCGUGGACAAUGUGCUACCACCAGAGUCAAGAAAAUCAGUUGGAAGGAAUAGAAAACGGAGAUAUGAAACUGUUGAAGAUAAACUUCGGUCAUCGCAAACAUCACAAAAGAGGCAGCUUCGCAAGUGUAGUAGAUGUGGUAUUAGUGGGCACAACAGAGCAACUUGUAAAAUACCAAUAUAG